AAGUUGUUGUUUAUUGCAUAGGAAGCAUGACUCGACGACAAUUAAUCUGCGUGUAAUUAAAACAAUUGUAUGCAAAGCUGAUCGGAAUUAGCAAUUUUGUCAGUUACCACAUGGACGCUAUGGAUGGCAUAUUUUCAGCGAAAUUCCUAAAUUUUCUGGAACAAUGAUCGAAUUCAAGCCGGCUAGUCAUGCUUGCCGAGUGAAUAAGCAUGAUUGGUUCUUACCUAUGUAUCCAACCAAUCAUAUUUAAUUACUCGGCGAACAAACCUAGUAAGCCUCUUUGUCGACUUGAACCCCCACUUCUUCUUUCAAAAUACUUGCAGGAAAUAUUUUCUGCCGGUGUUAAGUCGGCGCUACAAAAUUCAAAAAUUUAAUGUUAUUUAUUAUCAGUGAUCAUUAUCCCUUAUUUUAUUCAAUAAAAUAAAAUAAUUGUGAACUUCUGAUUAAGAAUCUGGAAAAUCGUAUUUCAAAAUAAUUGUAUUAUAAUUUGAAAGUGCGCGCGCAUUUAUUUAAAUUUGAAACCUAUUGGAACCGGCUUUGACCGGUUUAGCGAAGCAUACUUGUGUUUUUAACAUAUUACUUACGAGCAAAUGUUUGCAUCAUAUUACUUACGAGCUAAAUAAUGAAUAAAAUAAUUGCAGGAUGAUUAGAAAUAAUGUACGGAGACUGGUUCUCCUUGUCAGAGAAUACCAAUAUUGUUGCUCUUUACCAAGAGUGACGUCGAAAUGUCCAACGUGGUUUGUUAAGCGAUCUGUUUCGAGUGUCAGUGUGAGAUUUAUCAAAAAUAUAAGUCGAAAAUGGCGACUUGUUGUCCCAACUGGAGUAGGCUUCUCGCUACUAGCAGUAACACAAUGGAAUUAUUUACAUCAGUAUGGAUAUCGGAUUGAUAUAGAUGAUGGGCCAGAAUUGCUAAAUGAUGUUAUGGUAACUUGCUAUUGUUGCUUGCCAUUGAGGACAACUAGUAGAAUAUGGGGCUGGUUGACCAGCAUCGAAUUGCCGAUUGGUCUUAGACCAAUGCUGUAUGGAUUUUAUGCGAAUAUUUUUCAUGCCGAUCUGGAUGAGGUAGAGCUGGAUUUAUCUGCGUUUCCAAAUCUGGUGGAAUUUUUUGUUAGAAAACUCAAGCAUAAUGCUAGACCAAUUGCUCAACAUGCAAAUAUGAUUUCACCUGCAGAUGGUAAGGUGCUUUAUUUUGGACCAGUGACUUCUUGCCGCGUGGAACAAGUAAAAGGAGUAACAUACGAUCUUAGACAAUUUUUGGGUGAUCAUUUGAAUGAUCUCACAUUAAAUGAAAUCGCGAAAAAAACGACACAGGACGAUUAUGUAAAGUCACUUUUGAAGAAUCCGGAUAAUAAAUUGUAUCAACUGAUCGUUUAUUUGGCACCUGGCGAUUAUCAUCGAUUCCAUAGUCCUACCAAUAUGAUCAUAAAAUUUCGACGGCACUUUCCAGGAAAGCUACUGAGCGUUAAUCCAAAAGUGCUCAAAUUUAUGCCCAACUUGUUCUCGUUAAACGAACGCGUUGUGUAUGUUGGAGAAUGGGCAGGCGGCUUCAUGGCUUAUGCAGCAGUCGGAGCGACAAACGUGGGCUCCAUACGAGUUUACUGCGACAAAGAAUUGGCAACUAAUACAGUGCACUGGCCAGAAAGCGCGCAUUGGAAGGAAGCGAGUUUAGAUAACACACAUAUUGCCAAAGGUGAACUGUUUGGCGAAUUCAGACUCGGAUCCACGAUCGUGCUUUUGUUCGAGGCACCGCGAGACUUUCAAUUCUCCUUGCAAAUCGGUCAAACCAUUAAAGUUGGUCAGGCAUUAACUACAUUUUCUAAAGAGUCUGACAAAAAACAACUCGAACGACAGCACCUAAUUAUGAACAUCGCACAGGAUUGGAGAGAUAUAUGGAAGCCUAGAUUAUAGAAUAAAGCAAAUAAGAUUAGGAACUAAUUUUAUUGGAAAAUUAAAGAAGAUGUGUUGGUAUCUUGCACGCUCGUAUUUUUUUGUGCGAAAUCGAAUUAUAGGCGCAAUAAAAAAAAAACACUAGAGUUACGAGAGCUCUAGAGACUCAGUUUUCUCGAGUAAGUAUCGAUCCUGUGAUUACUUUGUACGUAAUCAUGUUCGUGCGAGUGAAAAUCAUCUCAUGCGACUUAUCUGAAAUUACAUGUUAAUACAUCUCCUGCUAAUUCUACUCGUUCGUUACUUUAAUUGCGUAAUAUCAAGCAUCACGCAAAAAAACAAUGGUUUAUAAUAGAUUUGGCAUAGUUGAUUUAUUGUUGUAUGGCCGGGUAGUACUAUGCAAUAUGUCUCUCCUGUGAAGCUUCACACGAUCACGAUUGAGAAACCAACAGAACUUCUUAAUGCGAGAAAACAUACUUUUUUUUCUUUGUGCGUCACUACUGAUAGAGGUCGGAUCAUAAACUGUUUUAGUUGCAUGCCAAAUCGAUCUUUGUUUGCAGUUAAGUCGGCCGGUCAAGGCUGCUAGAUGAAACACUUUCCUCAAUUAAGGCUCUAACUCCUUUUUUUUAAAGAAAGUAACAGCCACGUCAUAUAUCUCAAGUUUCCACACGUUUCGAAGUAUCGAGUCUUACUGACCUCAUUAUAUUUUUAUAGCAGUAUUUUUACCGAUCGAUUUUACUCUAUCGUUAAUAUUAAUGUUGCUUCUGAAAAAUUUGUAUUAUAAUAAAUCGGAAUAUCUUUUAUUCCGACUUGUGUGUAUGUAGCGCGCACGAACAUGACUUCGCACUAGACCAGAUUAACUGUAAUAUGAAUACUUGAUCACGCGAAUAUAUUUUAUAAUAUAUUUUAUGCAAAAUAUAAAUAAAAAGAUUACAUAGAUACGA